GGGAAAUGCACCAAUGAACGAGCAGUGCUGUACUCUUUCCUUUCGGAUGCCGUGUUGAAGGAAGCAAAGUCUGUCAAACAUGAGUUUCCACUACGGACAGGGCUAUCCAGGAGGAGGCAACGCACCACCAGGUGCUCAGUAUGGUGGAGCUGGGGGUCCCUAUGGGCAUCAGCCCUCAGCUCCAUAUGGAGGUGCUGCUGCUGGUCCAACAGGAGCCCCUUAUGGCGGUUAUGGAGCCCCAGGUCAUGGAGGGCACUAUGGACAUGGACCAGGUGGUGCCCCUGGUGGGCACUAUGGAGGUUACGGGGGACAACCUCAUGGAGGACCUGGCGGAUAUCAUGCUCCUGCAGGUAAUAUCCCUCCUGGUGUUAAUCCAGAGGCGUACCAGUGGUUCCAGACUGUUGACACGGACCGAAGUGGCUUCAUCAACCUAAAGGAGCUGAAGCAGGCCCUUGUCAACUCUAACUGGUCUGCGUUUAAUGACGAGACCUGCCUUAUGAUGAUCAACAUGUUUGACAAGACGCGAUCGGGUCGAAUUGACCUGUUUGGUUUCUCGGCACUGUGGGAGUUCAUGCAGCGGUGGAGAGCGUUGUUCCAGCAGUAUGACAGAGACCGCUCAGGAUCUAUCAGUGGUGCCGAGUUACAUCAAGCCCUCGCUCAAAUGGGCUACAAUCUCAGCCCCCAGUUUUCUGAGACGCUGGUGCAGCGUUUCACCUUCCGAGGCGGGCGACCCGGCAUCCAGCUGGACCGCUUCAUCCAGGUGUGCACUCAGCUCCAGAGCAUGACGCAGGUGUUCAGGGAGAGAGACACGAACAUGACGGGCAAUGUUCGCCUCAGCUAUGAGGAUUUCCUCUCUGGUACCAUCAGCAGGCUCAUGUGAGCCUCAUUCCACUGACACUCCCUCUGCACUGUGGAUGCACAGUAUCAUUCCAUGUUCAGGUUAUAGUUUCUUCAGUCUUAAAUGCUUUGCCGUAAGUGCCCCCACAUGUUGCUUUGUACACGAUAUACCAGCCAGUACCGAUUGCUCCAUAGCUUGUUGCUGUAAAUAGAUGAACCUACUCUAUGCACCUCAGUGACGUCCAGUGGCUAAUUUGAAGGCAGCCAAAGUUUUCACUGAGUAUGUUAACUUUUAACAGGACACACAAAUGGGCUUCUUGAAAUCAUUACAUCCAGUGCUCCUGUGUCCUGUCUGUCUAACAGUCUCAUCUUUACCAGAGAUGCCUUGGUGAUAGUGACUGUUAUACUUCUUGUUCACUAGAACCAAUACUUGGUAUUAUGAGCAGUUUGACUGAGAUCCAAUUUAGGGACUCUUUAAAUCUGUUUUACUACCUGAAUGUAGACUUCACUAUCUAUCUGUCAGAGCUGAAUCAGUCUAAAGACUUGAAUAUAGGAGAUAACGGAGUAAUUGAAGAAAUAAGAAAAAUUCUGUGUUCCUCCUGUACGAUAGUGACAGUGCUGACCUGCAUAUUCCUAUUCUGAAUUUGCUCACAUGCAGCAAUAACAUGAUCCCGUGCCAUUAAAACUCCUCUUAAAUUUAUGUACAUGAGGGGUCUUUAGCAUUCCCGGACGGUGUUUCUCUAUUGUAAAACUUGGACACACUUUAUAAUAUGAAAAAUAUUCUACUCUCGCAUUUAGUGGAGUGCAGAAAUGAUUUCAAGUCUACUCUAAAUAAAUUGUGUUUUUGUGUUUUUUCCGCUAAAUUGCACUUCUAAAUGAAAAUGAAAAAAAGAUGUAUGACUAAAAAAUAAGAGAAAUUAAAUCGCGCCUCAUUAUGUUUUCAUUCCAAUUAAAUGGGAGCUUCAGUAUUUCUGUGGCCAGUCCAUUAGGGGUCUGUAAUUAAUGAAUAAUGCACUCCACUGUGUCAUAUAUUCUGAAACCAUUAAACAUGCCAAAAUGGUUUGUAAUGCCAAAAGCAAAUAAAUGUUUUCGUAUUCA